AUGCCGGAGAACUCCAUCACCAAUUACGUCCCCUUAUCCAAUAUCAAUGAAGAGUCCGCAAGCUUCUCUCCACAGGUUGAAAUAACCGACAUCACCAAACUAGACCAUCAUGCUUUCAAAUUGAGGUACAGGUCGAACUCCGUCAUCUCAGCUUCUACAACCGAAGAAGAAACGCCAUUGCCAGUCAUUAAGAUCUUAGGGACAGGUGGGACGAUUGCAUCCAAGGCCCAAUCAUCAAAUGUAACAGCUGGCUAUGCUGUUGAUUUGACUAUCGAGGAGUUGCUCAGCCACAUCCCUGAUUUGUCAACCACGUGCAUAUUGGAGUACGAGCAGGUUAUGAAUAUUGACUCCAAGGACAUGAGUUUACCGGAAGCCACCGAGUUGUACAGACAAAUAAAGAAGGAUUUGAACAAGUACGAUGGAAUCGUCAUUACUCAUGGGACUGAUACUUUGGAGGAGACUGCAUUUUUCAUCCAAUCAACUAUAAACACGGAAAAGCCCAUUGUGUUUUGCGGAAGUAUGAGGCCAAGCACGGCAAUCUCAUCGGAUGGCCCAAUGAAUUUGUACCAGGCCAUUGUUAUAGCAUCGCAUCCACAAAGUCAUGGGCGCGGGGUGCUUGUCGCAUUGAAUGAUCGUAUCGGGGCAGGGUAUUACAUAACCAAGUCAAAUGCAAAUUCCCUAGACACUUUUAAAACUGUGGGACAAGGGUAUAUUGGUAACUUUGUCAAUGACGAGGUAAAGUACUACUUCCCUGCAGCUAAGCCGUUGGGCAUGACACACUUUGAGUUAGACGAGCAGUUUGAUUUACCUGAAGUGCCCAUAAUAUAUGCGCAUCAAGGAUUAAACAACAAGCUUAUCGAAUUGGCCUUGAAGGAAUUGAAUGCAAAAGGUUUGGUGAUUGCAACAAUGGGUGCUGGCUCCUUAUCGGCAGAAACGAAUGAAUUUUUGCACAAUUUGGUUGAGCCAGGGUUCCCCAUUAUAUACAGCAAGAGGUCAAUGGAUGGUAUGGUUCCUAUUGGUGGGUUGCCCAAGUUUAAUGGUAAAGUGUUUGAUAAUGCGGUGGCGGGUGGGUAUUUGAAUCCACCAAAGGCUAGAAUUUUGCUACAGUUGUGUCUAAAUGAGGGCUACAAUUUGAAAAAGAUAAAAAAAGUGUUCAAGACUGUGUAG